AGUAAAUGAGAACUGGGGAGGCUUGCCAACAUAGACUUUAGAUGACACAAAGAGGAAACCAGAGCACUGAACCUGCUGGAAAUAGCAAGUAAUCUUCAAUUAAGAUUUGAAGAGUUGUCUGAGGCUGAGUUGGAACAGAACUUUGUCGCCAGUUUUCAAGACAUGUGGCGUCCUAUUCUCCUAGUUUGUGUGGUGUUCUCAUCUACCCUUGGACAGCACUCGUUUUUAAAUUAUCUGCUGUUGGUCCCAGCGCAGAUUGAAUACCCGUCCACUGAGACUGUAUGUUUGGACAUCACUGGAGCCAGAGAGAUGUUGAAUAUUACUGUCACCUUACAGCGUGGGACUCAGGAUGACACCCUACUGCAGCAUGAAAUGACCCCACCAAAGUUAUUCAAAUGUACUCAGUUCAAGGCUCCUCCUCCACAUGGAGGGAAAGAAGAAGUGAUAUCAAUUCAUCUUUCUAUUGUUGGGCCAAACACACAGUUAUCAGAAAGUAAAAGCUUGCUGGUGAGCAAUAUGGGCUCUUUCACGCUCAUGCAGACUGACAAGCCUGUUUAUAAACAGGGGGAGACUGUGAAAAUCAGAAUAUUGACCUUCAACAGGGACCUUCUGGCUGUCAAUGACACUUGCCCCCUAGUGGAGAUACAGGAUCCAAACCAGAAUCGCAUUGGCCAGUGGUUAAACAUAAUACCCGAUAAAGGCAUGAUCGAUCUUUCCCUUCCACUGGAUACAGAGUCACAGCUGGGAACCUAUACGAUCAUUGCUCCCAAAGCUCGCCAAGAGUUCCAAGUGUCAAAAAACGAGAUGCCAACAUUUGAAGUUCUUGCUAUGCUUCCUGCGGUAGUCACUGUCCUAAUGAAGUCCCUUUCUUUUAAAGUAUGUGGAAGAUUCACUUUUGGAAAGCCUGUUCAGGGGGAAAUCAAAGCUAAGCUGUGCCGAAGAUCAUUCUGCUAUUACUGGAUUGCGAUGAAGAACCAGUGCCCCCAGGAUAUAUGCAAUGAGUACCAAGGACGGACUGAUAAAAGUGGCUGCUUUGAAAUGGAAGAGCAGACAGAAGCAUACAACCUUAAUUCCUACCACUACCUCAUGAAGUUCGAUGCUGAAGCCUCCCUUAUAGAAGAUGGGACAGGAAUUCAAUCCAAUGCUACCAGCAGCUGCAAAGUUUCAGCUAUGAUUACCAAAGUGACCUUUGAAGAAACCGAAGCAUCAAAUUAUUACUACAAAGCAGGCCUGAGAUACAAGGGAAAGUUAAAGCUAGUCGGUGCUGAUGGAUCACCAAUGAAAUCUCAGGCAUUGUAUGUAACAGAGAAAUAUGACACAGAGAUAAAGGAACAUGUGUAUAUGACAGAUGAGAAGGGGGAAGUGUGUUUUUCAUUGGAUACCAAGCCAUGGAAUGGACAUCCAGUAUAUCUGACAGCUUCAUAUCAGAAGAAAAAGCCAAAGAGGGUCUUUGGAAUUCUCAAUCCUUACAGUGUUGAUGCACAUCUGACCCUGAAUUCAUUUAACUCUGCCACCAACAGCUUCAUAAAGGUUCAACCAUCAGACCAUGUCCUAAUAUGUGGCCAGAAAAAUACAAUAGAGAUUGACUACCUCAUCAGAACCAGUGAGAUGAUGACCCAAGAUGAUACUUUGGAUUUCCAUUAUGUGGCUGUUGCAAAGGGGAAGCUUGUAUUAAAUGGCGAGAAGAAAAUCAGCAUUAACAGAAGUUCUGUAAUGAUUGGCACCUUGGAGAUUCACCUUCCAGUCGAUGCUAACCUUUCUCCCAUGGCACACAUCCUUGCGUAUGUAUUACCUGGCAAUGGGCAAAUAGUAGCUGACACUGAAGUGUUCCAUAUCAACAAAUGCUUCAAUCAUAAGGUGACUCUGGCAUUUUCAGACAAAGAGGUUUCUCCAAACUCACAGAGUACUCUACAUGUAAAGGCACAGCCUGGGUCUUUGUGUUCAGUGAGGUCAGUGGAUAAAGGAGUUAUGUUUCUGAGGCCAGAAUCUGAUAUCUCCAGUGAUGCGGUAUACAGUCUUCUGGCACGUAGACGUCGGUAUGGCUACCCCAAUCGUGUACGGGAGGAUAAUCCUGUAUGCUUCCACUCACAUGGUGGUUAUUCAUAUAAAGCACAUCAACGCAAAAAACGAUCCUAUAAUGUGCCAUAUUCAGCACAUUCAACUUCUCCUGAUGUGUUCACACUUAUUCAGUAUAUUGGACUAAAGGUUCUUACAAACACCCAGGUGAGGAAACCUGUGGUAUGUCCCCAUUAUCCACUGGUCUCAGCCUUGUCAAGUUAUGGAAUACCUCAAAUUGAAAGACAUAGUUCAAAUAAUCCUAAUUAUUUCAUUGUGGACGAGCCUGAAAUGCCACCAAUUUACCCUUUCAUCAGUGCUACUGAGAUGAAUAGUAGGAUUCGGAAGAAGUUUCCAGAAACCUUGCUCUUCAAAUUGGUCCCAGUUGGGUCAUCCGGUUAUGCUGACAUGAAAGUCCAUGUUCCUGAUUCCAUUACUGAGUGGGAAACUACAGCAUUCUGUAUGGGAGAUGAAGGCCUAGGUAUUGCCAAUGCCACCUCCUUGGGGGUCUUCCAGCCAUUCUUUGUACUCAUAACUCAUCCCAAUUCUGUAGCCCGAGAAGAGAUAUCAUCAGUCAAAGCUUCUGUAUUCAACUACCUACCUAAGCCAAUGAUGGUAAAAGUCAGUCUCCAGGACUCUCCUGAGCUAAAGGUGAAUGAAUGUUCUGCCUGCACCGCCCCUCAAUGUCUGUACCCUGAAGAACCUUUAGUGCUCACGUGGGAAGUGCAAGCUCUGCAAGUGGGCCCUGCACAAAUUAUGGUCAAUGUACAAGCCAUUCCUACAGAAGAAAAGUGUAGAGGAGAGCAGCCAAUCGUCCCAGACACCGGAGCUUCUGAUACUGUCAUGAAGACUGUGAUGAUUAAGUUGGAUAAAACAUACAAGAGCUUUUCCUUUUCAGCUGAUGAAGAAUUUACGGUACAAAAUCAAAAAUCUAAAAUUACUACUAUUGAUGCUACUAAUGAUAAAGGAGAGAACGCUGUUACAAAGCAUGAUGUGCCCAAUUACUGAACAAAGCGAAUAUAAUUAAAUAUGCAAUUUCCAUAUACCAGAGAAGAGAUUUCUACGUCUACCGCCGAGUGAAGUCAGCACAGUAUUUGAUCACUGAGAAAACUUCCGAAAAUGAGAAAGAAAGGCGUUCAUAUGGACAUUAUUGAAGCAAAGAUCUAAAAAAAUGAUACAAGUAGUGCAGGGUUAAAAGCGCUGUUUGUUUUUUCGCCAUCUGUGUCUCAUUAGGGAGAUUUCACUUCCUGUCCUGUAGACUGAACAGGAAAUGAGAUGAUAUCUUUCCAAUGUAAGGUAAAUCCCUUCUUAAACUGCUGUCACAUGAAGAAGUGUCCCCAUUGGAAGAUUUCCCCAUUUAUUCCUGUUCUAGUGACAAAUUUUUGGUAAUUACAGUGCCUUGA